UUUUUUUUUUAACCUUUCUAAAUCACGCGCAAUGCAACGAUCACAUUACAGCACUUUUUUCAACUCACAUGAAUUAACAGAAAGCGAACACAACUUGCCGACGUUAUCAACAGCAGAGCUUGUGCAUUGCUUCAAGACAAUGGAGAUCAGCGUGACCGAGCGGCAUUUACUCCAUCCAACCCCAGAAGGCACACAAGAGAUCUUUCGGACCAUUGUGAGUCUUGUCAAGUCGUGGCGAACGGAGCACGUACCCUCCAAUUUCGGUGAUAAUACUACGAUUGCCGGUAUCAAUGGCGUAUGGUUGCUGUACUUUGAAGUGCAAAGCUUAUUGGCUUCUCUCAAAUAUAAAGAUUUCAACACAUCCGAUCUUCUGGCCCCUACACCACAUCGACUUGCACGUAUAUUCAGUGCACUUGCAAACUUUGCCAUGUUUCGAGAAGGACGGUGGGCUGCAUACGAAAAUCCUGCAAGUGCAGUGGAAGAAGUAUUAUUAAAUGAAGGGAAUUGGUCAGAACAAGAAAAGCAAUUGGAGGAGGAAAUCGAGCAGUAUCGGAGCCGCGAGGAACACGAAAAAAUGCAAGUAAAACAGCUCGAAUCUGAUAAUGCAGAAUAUGAGCAAGAGCUCAGGAACAUUAGCGCAGAGGGAGAUCAGCUCAAGGCGGAACAAGUCAAGUUACGAGAGACACGAAAACAGCUCAGAGACAGUAUGCAUGAUGUACAGUACCAACUGUUAGCCGCAAAUGAGGCGAUCACAUCGUUCCGCUCUAAAGCGAGAGAUCCGUUGCAAACAAAAGCAAAUAUUGCCAAAUUGCAAGAAACCAUCGACAAAGUGGAAUCCAAAAUCGCAGUAGCACAAACAAACCUAAACCUUAUAGCGGAACGAGCAGAAUAUGCCGAAGAAUGCGAGCAGGUUCUUAACAAAAGUGCUCAAUUACCUCACGAAAUACAACGAUUACGCAAUGAAUGCAGCUGGACGCAAGGCAGCCUUAAAAAUACAGAGGGUGAUUUUGAAAAGCUCACUUUAACGUCAAACGAGCUACAAGAAGCGGAACAGAAACUACAUCAAUUAGAGGAAGAGCUCAAUAGCAGUGUACGACAGCUCGAGGAACAAAAGGAAAAGACGUUCGAAUCACGGCAUCAAAGUUUCUUAAAGAACGCACAAGACGUUGAGCAGGCACAAAAAGAAGCUGCAGAUCUUAAAGCCAGACUUGGAGAACUCAAAGCAAGCAUAGCUCACAUGGAGCAAGAGUUGAUUGAUAUAGCACAAAAGUCGGAUGCCACCUGUGAAGCAAUCAGGGCAGGAUUGCUCGAACUGCGGUCUGCUUUCAAGGGCUUGUUGGAUGGUACAAUUGAUGCAUGCAAGCAGGGAACUUCUCCGUUUUAGCAAACUUGUAGAAAUAGAAAUCCAUACAUCCGCCCACCCCCCCCCUCUCACCCCACGCAUUCGCAAUAUACUGUAACAAUUAACGCAUUCACACACCUCAUGUCAUAUCAUAUAUAAAGAACCCUACGACGCACAAUCUAACUCUGUGACAGUUCUUGAAUGACCAUCUGCCAUUUGCAGUUCAUGUUUGCUUAGCGAUCAAGAAGCGGGCAUUCUCAACAUCCUGCAUGAUGCGACAUCUGCAUCGGGAAUAUUAUUGGUGCAGCCGCUAUCACCCUACUACACCUUACAACCCAG